GCAAGCUGUGCUGGCAUCCACUUUUGAGUGAGGUGAUCCUCCGGCCAAACACACAGUGCCCCUUUUUUGCUCAGUGCUUGCCUGCCUUGUUGAGGUUAUUCAUUGCCUUAAAUUUGAUAGACAGUUGGUCUUCUUGAUGAGGCAAUGAACCUCAUCUGAGGUUUCUUCAUGGAGAAGUGAGUGAAGCUUGUUUGCCACUAAGGGUGCAUAUUUUCCAUCUGCAUAAAAGCGUGAGUACGGUGUGGUCUUUUGUUGAAGUUUUCUCUUUCGUUCCUAGUGUUUGGAGUGAUGGUGCGAUCAGAAUAGCUGGUUACUGAGUGUGCCGUUAGGUGCUCUGAGACUGGCCUAAGCAGCAGUCCCUGCUGGCAGAACUGGUGUCCACCUUACUCGUGCAGCGUAGGCCAUUGCAUGAAAUUAAGUGUGGACAAUGUUGAGUCCAUUACCUACCAGAGCUGUGUUAAUCUGCUGUUGCUGUUGGCAGUGGGUAGGUCACAGUGCUGGAGCAUUCCCAAGGCUGUUCUGAGGAUUUCUUGUUUCUGUUGGUCAUGACACAACUAAAGUCACAGUGUUUCUGAUACAAAGAGAGUUCUAUAGGCAGCAACCUAUAGUUCUAUCAGGCAAGCAACCUGUGGUCUUCCUGUAACUAGCUCCUGCUGUCUGUAACUUGCUUUGCAACACCUUGCAUCCUUCAGAAGUGCUUCUGGAGUGCCUUGUACCAAGGUCUUUCACUGAAAUCAGGAGGAGAAAUUACUGGCUAGCUGCUCAGUUAUUCAUGUUUUUGUCUGUUCAAAGAAAGUCUGAGAGCAUGACUCCAGCAAGCCUUGCUUUAGGGUUGGCUGAGAUGGUUGCUUUAAGGUUUUGUGUUAUUCAGGUUAGGAUUGCUGCUGGUGCACUUACAGUAACUUGUUAAAUGCGGAAUACUAGUUUGUGGAAUAGCUUAGACAGCCGUUGUGUCUUGUAGCUGCAGUUAAAACCCUGCCCAGUGUCAAGACAGUUUGAGGGCACCUCCAGAGUGCUGCAGGAUGGAAAACCAGUGACUUCAGAGAUGGUUAUCGGGGCUUCAGAGGUAGAAAAAGAAUUAGGAGUAUUUUUUCUAUGAAGUUUAGCACUUCUUGGUGUAUCUCCUCUGUUGCUGGCAGGUGAAGAAGUGACUGGCUUACUGAGAGAGGCUCACACAAACCAAAAGCUGUAGUGUGGAUGCAUCUGAAUAAAUGUACCUUUACUGUGCCAUUUCUUCCCCUUUAUAAUAAUUGAUGCAUCAAUAGGCUAAAGAACUGUCCUGUUGUUUUGGGACAGACCUAAUGGUUUUAAUCUGUAGUUCAAACAGUGUAAUUUCUGUUACACUGUAGGAAAGCGCUGAAUACUGGCUGUGUCCUGCAUCUUUUAUGCACCCACAUUUACUCAUGCAUGUGCAAGUUUAAAAACAAGCAAGCAAAACCCCCUAAACCCCUUGAAUGUAUUCUCUUUGACAGUGAGAAAACAGAACUGAAAGCUGUGGAACAGUUAAGUGGUGUGAUACUGUCGUGGCCUGUUUCUGCAGUAUUUAUCCAGUUAUUAUGUCACUAGGAAGCCCUCAUGUAUUAUUUGGGGUUGCAUAGCUUUUGUACCCUGCUGUUGAUUUACCAUAUUGAAGAAACAGUUUUCUUCCAGUCUAAGAAUUAAAAGUAUCAAAGUCUUAGAAGUCUCAACCAAGCUUUCAGUGUAACAAAUUAUCUGGCUGAGUGGGAUAAUAGAGUGGAUUAAGUCUCCAUAACAAGUCUCCACGAGAGAGUAGAGGUACAAUUGACUGCUAAACUUAGAUUAAAUGCUGUAGCAGCUGUUGAGAUUCAACAUAGUUAUUCAUAUGUUAGCAUUUCCUUUGUUAAUCUUUUUUCCUUAUUUGAAACCAUCUCAAUUUUUUUGUGGUUAUUAAUGUGAGUAACGGAGUCCAACCUAGUGUUUACUUUCCAAAUGUGUCUGGUUUGUUACUUUGAACUAAAACAAACCAAAAUAAUUUUAAGUUUGUGCUGGUAGGAAAACUUCUCUCUCACAUAAUGUGUUGCAGAUCACUUGACAGAAGUUGUGUUAAAUGAUCUUUCAUUUUUUAAAUAUUUGCAAAAUGUUUAGAUUUGCAAAGUGCUAUUUUGUUCUGGAUAAACAUAGAACAAUCUGAGUACUGGAAUAAUGUAACCUCUCCAGCAAGAAUACACCAAAAAAACAUGUAAUGGGCUAUCCGUGCCUCUUUUGGAGAUGCAUAAGGAAAAUCGUAGCUCUACAAUGGUCAACUCUGUUUCUUCUCAUGGGAUGUGUUUAGUGUUUUGCUCUGUGUUUACAGCAAAUGUAGCUUUGCUUUGUUUUACCUCCUGUGCUUCAUAUCUGAGACAAGGACUGAUGUUAAGAUGGCCUAGUGUUAAAAUGAGUGUUUUUUCAGUGUUCCUGGCAGUAACCUUUAACUUGAGCAGAAAUAGCUGUUGACUAUAUGAUGAAAAAGGCUAGAUGUUAUUUAUUUAAUUUGGCUUUCAACAGUGCUAAUGUUGUUUUAUGUUUGUCAUGUUGAAAAAGUUAAUCACAAGAUUCUUUCCCAGUUCCCACUUUUUAACUUCUCUGUUGUACAUCUGCUUCAUAGAUCUUCUGGAUCUGGGGGUUUGAUGCAGAUGAAGUUUGAACCUUCAGUUUUACUUUUUAAUCAAAAGCUUGUCACCUCGUGUACUUGUAAACUUACCACUGCACACAAUACUUUAGUCCCAAAAUGGUAUUUUUUUGAAAUUUAGUCUGGAAAAACAAAGAGGGGAAAAAAAAAAGUUAAACUAAGCAGAUGAAAAAUCGUAUUUCAUGUGAAAUGAGUAAAUAUGUUCAAGGUGGUGUAGAACAUGAGGAGAAGUGAAGGAUAGGAAAUCUUAGCAUUUGGCUUCAGUCAGCCACUUUGCUAAUUGCUGAGUGAACUCCUUACAUGGUUGGCAUUUAAUGAUUUGAGAAUUAAUUACAAUCAGCUUUCCCUAGCAGCUUGAUCAAUACUAGUUAGUCAUUGAAGAGUAUAGGAGAGACUUUGUUCUUUUCUCUUGAACUAAAGUAUCUUACUUUCACAUAAUAUGCCCAUAUUUCCUGAAUCCUAAUUUUGUAAAAUAUUAGUAUUUCUGCCAAGGUUAUCGCAAUGAUUGUACUAAAUAGCUCUUUUUAUUAGUUUGCAGGCUGAAAUCAUCGAUCAGCUUUCUUACUCGACCAGAUCGACCGAAUCUUGCUUACCAUAAACUAAAAGGCAGGAAUCCAGGGGUUAUUUUCCUUCCAGGCUUUAAUUCAAAUAUGAAUGGUCGGAAAGCAACUGCCCUUGAAGAUUUCUGCAGCUCUCUAGGUCAUGCCUUCGUCAGAUUUGAUUAUACAGGAUGUGGAAGUUCAGAUGGUAACUUUAAGGACUGUACAAUUGGGAAGUGGAGAAAAGAUGUUCUGUCUAUACUGGAUGAACUUACAGAUGGACCACAGAUUCUGGUGGGCUCCAGCUUGGGUGGAUGGCUGAUGCUUCAUGCUGCAAUAGCACGCCCAGAUAAAGUAGCUGCUCUAGUUGGAGUAGCUGUAGCAGCAGACCAUCUUGUAACAACUUUUAGGCAGCUUCCCAUUGAGGCACAAAAAGAAAUAGAAGAAAAAGGUGAAUGGAAGUUUCCAACAAAGCAUAAUGAGGAAGGUUAUUACUCUGUGACGUAUGACUUUAUCAGAGAGGCAGAAAAUCACUGUGUGCUAAAUAGUCCUAUUCCUAUAACAUGUCCCAUACGGCUCAUUCAUGGCAUGAAGGAUGGUGAUGUCCCUUGGCAGAUCUCUAUGCAAGUUGCUGAUCGUGUUUUGAGCAAAGAUGUGGAUGUUAUCCUCCGCAAAAUUGGCCAACAUCGGAUGAGUGAGAAGGAGGAUACAAAACUUCUUGUGAAUACCGUUGAUGAUUUAAUUGACAAGCUGGCAACAUAAGCUGCAGA